AUGGCACGCCCCGUGCAGCUGGCCCCCGGCUCGCUGGCUCUGGUGCUGUGCCGGCAGGAGCGGGAACGGGCCCCCGGGUCGCCGGAGACCGAGGAUGGGGAGCUCGGAGGCCGUGCGCUCUUUCGUGCCUUCCGUCGGGCCAACGUGCGCUGCUUCUGGAACGCGCGCCUGGCCCGCGCCGCCUCCCGGCUGGCCUUCCAGGGCUGGCUGCGGCGCGGGGUGCUGCUGGUGCACGGGCCGCCCGGCAGCCUGCAGGUGCUGCGGGACGCCUGGCUGCGCCGGGCGCUGCGCCCUCCGCGGGGCUUCCGCAUCCGCGCCGUGGGGGAUGUUUUUCCAGUGCAGAUGAAUCCAAUUACUCAGUCCCAGUUUAUACCUCUGGCUGAGGUCCUUUGCUGUGCAAUAGCGGACAUGAACGCAGCUCAUGUUGUGGUGACCCAGGAGUCCCUGAUGGAUCAGCUGGUGAAACACUAUCCAGGUAUAGCCACUCCCUCACAAGACAUCCUCUAUACCACGCUGGGGAAUUUAAUAAAAGAGAGGAAGAUCUACCAUACGGGGGAGGGCUACUUCAUUGUCACCCCCCAGACGUAUUUCAUCACAAACGCAGCGAGCCAGCCCAAGAAGAGAGGGCCGCUGGAAGAUCCCCACAGCUGCCCACUGCCAGCUUCCGUCACCUACCUUGUCAGCAUGGACAGCCAGGCCGAAUUAACCAAAGAAAAUGCCUCCCACUGCAAGUCCUGCCGCUGCUUCCCGGAGCCGUGUCCCGCAGAGGGCCGAGGAGUUACGAGGGACGGGGUCGGGAAAGGGCCGAAGGACUCGGCCGGCUCGACGCCGGAGGAGGGCCGCCUUUGGGAGCGGUCCGGCAAGGACAAAGGAAAGAGCAAGAAGUUUGGUCUCCGUCUGCUCUGGCGCCAGAUGUCCAGGAAAGACCGGCCCAAGAAGGACCACAGGAGCUUCUCGGCCCAGUUCCCUCCCGAAGAGUGGCCCGUCCGGGACGAGGAGAACUUGGACAAUAUUCCCCGGGACGUCGAGCAUGAGAUUAUCAAGCGCAUCAAUCCCGAGCUGACUGUGGAUAACUUGAUCAAGCACACGGUCCUGAUGCAGAAGUACGAGGAGCGGAAAAAAUACACGAGUCAGGGCACGUCCACUGACCUGCGGGCGGCGGGACACAAGCAGCCGCCGCCGCGGGAGGCUGGGGCGAGGAGACGGCAGAGCCGGUCCGGAAGGCAUCGGAGGAGGGGGCAUUCCAGCAGGGAGAGGGCCAGAGGCCGGAGCCUGAGGGGAUCCCAGGGCAGCGAGCCACGGUCAGUGGUCACCAAGCCAGAGAAACACCCCAAGCCCCCUCCUGCUGAGGCUGUGCCCGACGCCAAAGGCCCGGAGGAAGAACUGGCUCAGACCCCUCUGGGUGGGACUCGCCCAGGAGUCUCCAGCCCCCAGUUUAUUUACAAAAAGAGAAUCAGCAACCCUUUUCCGGGCUUUCCUCACAGGGGGAACCCGACGGUCAGAGGCUACAAGGGCCAGAAGAGUGGUGACCCGAAACCCAAGCAGACCGAGAAGCCCCCGAAGGCCUUUCGAAGGCCGAGGUCUUUGGACGCCUCCAGAGUCGUGGACAGUGAUGUCCACCAGCCGAGCGCCGAGCAGCCCGGAGAGCAGGGCGGGCCGGGAAUCCCUUUUAAGCCUGAUGACGCCUCUGUCCCAUCGGCUGGGGACCCCUUUCAGAACUGUCUCUCCAGUUACUCGCAGCGUGGAGCAGUCAGAGCGAGUGGGAAGGGCCAUCCCUUCAGAGAAAGCCUGCCCGGGCAGAGCGCCUACGCCGGCCAAGACAAGAUAGGCCCUGAGGUCCAGUGGAAAAUCCACUCCCGCACCGACCCAGCGGCGGAGACCCAAACCGAAGCCCAGCGAGGCUCUGCGUCCCAGGCCCCUGGGCGGGGGCUGAUGGAGCAGGCUCUCGUGCAUCAGUUCCAGAAUCUCGGGCUUCUGGAUCCUCGCCUGGACAGGACUCACCAGGUCGGACCGCCCGAGAGGCAAAGCAGAGACACCCCAAAGGAGCCGACUGGGAAAUGCUGGGGGGCCCUCAGUCAAGAGAACGAGGGCUUUACUGACGACGAUGACCAUCAGGCUUUGUACCAGAAGGAGGCCGAAGGCCUUGAUGACACCGGCAGCUCUCUGUAUUUGGAAGAGGAGGAGGAGGAGGAGAAGGACCUUUUGUGUCCCGCUCAGCCGGGCCACAUCCCGUUUCCCUUCUCAGAUGGAAGCCCCUGGGACAACUUAGGGAAAACUAAAGUGACCGAGGGACCCUGGGCCACUGAGAUAAGCAGCGACCUGCCUGAUUAUAGCAGCAAAAUACAAAGAUUUAAGCCUCAGACUUGCGAAAGAAAUGACUAUCACAGACCCGCUGGCUCCCUCGCUGACCCGGAAAGGGGCCAGAAGAUGGAUUUCUCAGGGGAAAACCACGGCCUCCGUCCCCGUGGCUACAGCUGUGAGGAGGACACGGGCUCCGUUUCAAGGGUCCAAGAGCUCGUCGAUGGCAGUAUAUUUGACUAUUACAGCGAGGCCGAUUCUGAGGCAGAAACUUUGCAGAACUCCACCGGGGAGGUGGGGGAGAAAUCGGCUUGCUGGGGCCUGGGGCCGCCAGGCGAGGAGCUGAGGAAGCAUUUCAGGCAGAAGCCGGAGCCCUUCCGCGACUCCCGGGUGCCAGGUUUGGCCCAGAGUGUCCAGCAGGAGCAGAGUCAUUUAGAAGGAACCGAGAACCACAGUCUGACAGGAGACAGCGGGAUCGAUUCUCCUCGGACACAGAGCCUGGCAUCCAAUAAUUCUGUCAUUCUGGAGGAGCUAAAGAGAAGACGGAGUUUCCUACAGAACUUUGAAGGCCUAAACAGCUCGAGGAACGGACAGAUCCUCACCUCCAACUCUCUGCUCCAGUUGACGCCUGUCAUAAACGUUUGAGUUUUCUUUUUCUUUGGGAACUUGGGGCUAUUUUU